CAGUGGGAGGGAAAGGAAGUGGUAGGCUGUCACAGAACAGCCAGGGCAAUUUGAGAAGACCUUCUGUGUGUCAGAUAGGGUACCAUUUUUCCAUGGGGUCUACAGGUGCAGGCAGCUUCAUGCAGUGGCUAAGAGACAGGGUGGCGAUGAAAGCUGGGCUGAGUUUCCACUCCUGAUAGAAUAGGUUGGAGUGGGGGCAGGGGUGGUAGCAGGUGAGUCUUUUAGACUGUAGUAUGCUGUGCUUGCUGCCUGUGGGUGACCCAGAUCCCCCCUCCUUUUUUAGGUGAAUACAAGGAAGCUGACAGAUGUUGCUGGAAACAUAAGCAAUGUGCUGGGCACAUCAUCCAUCCCUUCCUGAACUAUGGCCACCACAAUCUGCACCUCCACGCUGCCAACCACUGCAACUGUGAUUCUAGGUGAGGGUUCCCUCUCCUUGGGGGACCCAUGGCAGAGUCAGGUCCACACUUUCAUUGGAGGUUUCCCUCUUCAGCUUCCACCUGGCCCUGCUAGCUCAGGCCUAGCUGAUAAACACUGCUUUGCUCCAAGAACAAUGGGGAGGUCUUUUGGCAGCCCGGGGCCAACUCCCAGCAGCAGCCCCCUGUCCCUCUGGCUUCUCCCUCUGGGCCCCUGGGAGUCACAGAGGUGUGGAAGCCAGGCUGAGAGUUGGGUGUGUGGCAGGCUGAAAGACUGCUCUGAGAAGACAAAUAGCAGCUCCUCGGAAUACAUGGGUCCAACCUGCUCCAGAGACAGGGGUCCAACUUGCUAUAACGUCUUCCAGACCCCUUGCUUUGAGUUCAUCCCAGAUGAGGAGAGUGUGGAGCGGCGGUUCUGGUAUAGCUGGUGCAAAAGUUAUAGGCCUGUCUCUGUGGCAGUAAUCCACCAUCCCAUCCACCAUGAGUGUAGGGCAGAAGAAGAGCAGGAGGAAGAAGAGGAGGAAGAAGAGGAGGAGGAGGAGGAAGAAGAAGAGGAGGAGGAAGAAGAGGAGGAGGAGGAAGAGGAAGCAAGUCAGUCUCCCAUCCCAAUUCAGGUGGGACCCAGUGCACUGACCAAUGACCAAGAAACCUGUACAGCAGCAAAUGGGUCCCCUGACUCAGCAGCCCCCAUCACCAUCUGGCGCUCCGAAAGCCCCACAGGGAAAGGUCAGGGCAACAAGGUCAUCAAGAAGGUAAAGAAAAAGGAGAAAGAGAAAGAGGAGGAGACGCCUGUGGAUGAGAAAACAAAAUUAAAGAAAAAAGCCAAGAAGUGCAAGUUAACUAAGAAGAAAAGUCCAGUGAAAUCAGAGUCUUCACCUCCAGAUUUGAGUCCAAGGGAGUUAACUAGAAUGUCAGGUGAGUCCAGCCCAGAUAGCCGGGAAGAGCAGGAGAGUGAGGAGAGUUACCGGGGACAGGAGGAAGCCUCCAGUGAGGAUGUUACAGAGUCAUGCCCCAAGAAGCGAGAGAAGAACACCACCGCCCAGGCCAAGAAAACUGGGACAAAGACCUCAACAACCAGGAAAGUGUCCAAGAGGAAAUCUCCCCCAGCAUCCAACCCCAAUCUCAGUUGAGGCCAGGGAAACCAGAGUGAAGAAUAAAUGUCAUCGAGCCUGUA